GAAAGUUUAGACCCGUCUUCAACUGUCCUGAAUAAUGGCACAAUUUGAAGGGAUUCAGCUUGAGGUCACAGGCAAGGAUAGUCACACCAUGAAGAACUACAUACAAAGUUCACACGAUAUCCUGGUGUCUGCACUGUAUAAUAUUGAUCCCCUGCUUGACCAAAUGAUUGCUUCCCAUCUUUUGACCCAUGAGAAUUACUGUGAAAUUCGAUCUGAGAAGAUACCACCGCAGAAGGCUAGGAAGCUCCUUGAGAUUGUGCAGCUUCAAAUGAACGAGAGAGAUGCAUGGAAAUUUGUGGAAUGCCUGAAGAAAUGUAAACACCAUUACCCCCGUCUGAAGAACUGGCUUGCAGGGGAUAUUGGUAUCAAGCGUGGACAAACAGAGCAGAAACUACUAAAACAGGCAAGCGUAUUGUGUCAGCGACUUGGUCACCUGAUUACCCCCAUUGCCAUGAGGUUAUUCUCCAAUGAAACAAUUUCACAGUAUGAGCUGGAUAUUGUGCAGGGAGAGACCACACUCUACUGUCAAGCCCAGCAGUUGAUUAACAUCUGCCUGCAGAAAGGGGACCGUCCCUGCCAGAGACUCUAUGAAGCUCUACAUGAAGAAGACACAGUCCUGGCAGAAGACAUCAAUGCAGCUGGUUAUGAGAGAGAGUCAAUGUUUUCUGUCCAGCCAGAUCAAGAUGCAGAUGCAGAGCAGCCAGCUUCAUUAUCAUUUCAUAAUCCUACUCCUCAAGAGGAAACGCAGCCAGUCCUUUCCUUGCUGGAAGAUUUGAGACUGAAGUGUGGAUUUGGUGAAGAGAUUCAACUGCAACAAGUAGAGAAAGAGCUCAUCAGAGAGGCAAUGACGCUGCUACAGUUGGACACUAGAAGGACCAUGUCAUUAAAUGUGUGUGAAUUUGGUGUGUUGCUGGGACUACCGAGGAAGGUUGUCCAGGAAUGCCUUUUUGAACUUGAAAGUGCUGAAGAUGUUCAUCAGCUUGCUGCAGUGAUACACAUGUUCGUGGAAAAAACCAACAAUACUGAAAGACUGAGGCAGAAGAUGACUUCUGUUGACUUCUAUCACUUGCAAUUGUCACGGCGAGCAAAAUUGUUGUUAGAACUUCUUCAGAGCGGCCUAGCUGAUUGUCAUUGCUGUGAAGAAGUCACGCAGCAGCUUGGCAAUAUCUGUCUUUUCGUUGUGAGGGACUGCCUGGCUGAAACUGAAGAAGAUGCUUCUGAAGUACCAACCCUGGAUAUCAUGGAAUGUCUCCAUAGGCUGGAAAGGAACAGGCGUGCAGACAUGAUGAUCCUCAGGGAACUGGCUGAACUAUGGAGUGAGGGAGCAGCGGAAGACUUCCAGAAAAGUGUUCCAUUUAUUGCUCAGCUUGUUAAAGACACUUUCCCCCUUGUGGAUGUGAUGGAGUUUGAUGCAGUUCCAAUAAGGAGAGGUGUUUAUCGUUGCCACCCCCGGGUUGUCAAGCGAGUUACCAGCUUCAAAGGACUUCCAGCAAGAAUCAUUCAGAAGGUGAUUCAGCCCAACUCUCUGCUAUCAUUGCUGUCUGAGGAAAGAACAAGCUUUGGAAACCAGGAGCUGCUGGAUGGAGAAUAUACACAGCUAUGUUUGAAAACUUUAAACAUUCUUCAGAGGGUCCAGGACUAUCAGUCCAAUAAGAUGCCAACAAAACUUAACAGACAAUUGGACAAACAGCAAGUUGCCAUGGAAAUCAGGAAGCUCUUGGCAGCUGAAGAUUUUGGGUGGAAUUCCUUCGAUUCGGGCAUGAGGGCCCGGCUUCUGUCUUUGGUUGACUUUGAGCCCCUCUCCUACUACAUGUCUUUGUUCCUGAAACUUCAUUACGAUACCUUCCUUUCCUUAGCAGAGUAUUUAAAGUCUAAUGACAGGCAGAGAUUCCAGUUUGUUUUCGAAGAGGUUCACAUGUACCAGUGUAAUGGGGAGUUGUGCAGGGUGCGGAGUGUGCGGGACCCUGUGAAUAUCGAUGGGGGAAUGGAGGAGGUGUUCCAAUUUUCCACCUCCAACCGUGCUUCCUUUAUGGUCCAGCUCCAUUGCAGAGGCUAUGUUGACGGUGAAUAUUUCCAGUGUAACCGACCAUUCCUGUACAAGAUGUCCAAUUUAUCUGGCAGUUUGCAAGAAGAGGCUGAAAAAGUUGGCACGGUAAUUGCCAAACAAGCUGGCACAACUUGGUUACGAGAAAAUCCCGAUGGAGAGUUGAAAGAAAUUGCAGAGAGGAUAAUGCAGAGUUCCAGUGGAACGGUAGAAAUGGGAAGCUGCUGCUUCCUUGUCAGUUCGUGGAGUGCUGAGUGUGAAAUCAGGGUCCUUUACAAGGAUGACAUAAUCACCGCAACAGCAGAACGAAAUGCUAAUGUUUACUGACCAACGAACUGGCAUCAAAAUCCCAUCACCUCACCUUCUCUGGCUGCAGAGAGCUGUAUUCCGAAAUGGGUUUUCAAAAACUGUUUUCACUGAGCUUGUGGUUCAGUGAGUGUCUGAUGAGCAGCCAAAUUUGGGCCAGUGUUAACUUAAGGAAGAUGAUUGGCAAGUUAAACAAAAGCAGCUACUGGUUUGCUGUGCGAGUGAACAAUUUUGCAGGUAGAAAACUUUAAAUUCUUCAUUCUGACCUGUCAUCACCACCACCUCAACUACCCCUUCUUUCCUGAGCAAAGCAUGGAUAUUCUUGGGAAAGGAAGAUGGGAUCGGGGAGAUAAUACUCAUCCCGAAAACUUUCAGGAGUUAAGACCAAAAGCGUUUAAUUCAGAAACACUUUCCAUUCAUUUAUCAAUUUGAAAAUUACAUCUUAAGGUGACUAAUGUGAGAUCAAUGACUGCAGUGAGACUUACAGGAUAAAGAAAAUUGCUUGUACUGUAGGAGUUCAUUUUCUCAUAGUCAGAUAUCCUGUCUGCACUCUCAAUUCAAUAAUUCAUUGACAUUGUUUUGAAGAGGGGCAGGUACCAGUGUCCUGGUUAAUAGCUAUCCCUCUAUCAACAUCACUAAAAGCACAUUAUCUUGUCUUUAUCACAUUGCUGUUUAUGAGAACUUACUGUGUAUGAACUGGCUAUCAUU